UUACCAGAAGUACUAAUGUUUUAUUUCUUCCUUUCUUUCUUCUUCUUUUGCACCAUAUGAUCAUGCUCUACUUAAUUUUAUGUAACUUCAUCACUUCUCUAGUUCAGCUGCAGGUUUAUGAAGUUAUUGAAACGAGAAAAAUCAUCAGAAUUUGCAAUAUAACACAUUUCUGAGAAACAAACUUAUUUACUCAGCUGCAUGUUUGAAAACACAACAUAUUAAUCAUUAUUUUAAUUGCUAUAUUUUCUAAUUAAUAAAUUUACUCCUUAUCAUUUUGUCAUAGUCACAUUUUCAAGAAUAAUUCAUCCAGUAGGAGGCACUGUUGAGUGAGAUAUUAAUGUACCAUAUAGAAGUCAUCGGCAACAGAUAUAGAAAAUCUCAUAAUGAGAAGUUUUUUUUUUUGUUUUUUUUUUGAGUGGCAGAAACGGGCUUCCAUUAAAAAACAGUGAGUAAAAACUGAAGCGAUGAUUUAUGUUUUUAGUUGAGCACAUAAACAUAGAUUUUUACAUUUCUCAAUGUUUUAACUUGACAUGUUGUUACAUUUAAUUUGAAUUAGAUUAAUAUUUUUAGGAUGUCUCUAAUAUAAAUCUGUAUAGUUUCAGGACUCUACAUUCAUAUUCUCCAGUUUUUAAAAAUGAUCUGUUAAUAAAAUGAUUUUAGUUUCAUCUCAAAUGGGUUUGUCUUCAGUUGCAGAAUGAUGAUGAUUUUUAUUAUGAACUGUGAAAAGACUGGACACUGUUUUGGUUUCUGUCUAAAUCCAGUGAUCAACAACAUCAAAUCCACAAUAAAGUUCCCAAAAUCCCAAACUGCACUUUGCAUCAAAUCUUUAUUUUAUUUUGUAAUUAUAUUCAUUACACACAAGAGGGCAGUAUAGAGCCAGAAUCAAUAAUUGUUAUCAGGUUUUAAAUAGUCAGACAGAAACUUGUUCUGUUUUGCUCCAGUUUGUAACCACAGAGAUGCUUUUACUGAUGUAAACAGUUUCAAAUGUUCUGGUUUGACACUUGGGUCCCUCUUACCUUCAUUAAAUGGGCCAGAAGUUGAGUUGAAUUCACCUUCUGGUUCUAUCAGGUUCUGUUCACAACAAAGCUGUUAUCAGUGUGCGAUGUGUCCACUUCUCUUUCUGUGGCUCUUCUAGUCUCUCUGUAUCUAUGUUAUAAUCUGCUGUUGACGCUUUAAGCUCAGCUUCAGCCUGAGAACUUCCUGUUUGUCGCCGUCCAGUGACGAGAUCCUGUUGACCAGAAGUUGCUUAUUGUCUUGGUCACAUGACAGAAUGUGAACGGCAUGAUGACUAUUAAAAAACCAACUAUGAUGAAAGCAGGAAAUGCAUUAGUUGACUCACGGACUGAACAGUUGGUGUGAAUUUUGGACUUAAGCUCAAAGUUGGAGAACAACAAGUUGUGAAAAAAUCUCCUGAAACAUUGAAAAGCUGGAUACAUGCAUACAAAAAUUUAGAAAAGGUCACACUAAAGUUACCUAUAGAGGUCAUAGUUCACCGUAGUUACUCUUGAUAUUUUACUCGCUGAAUAUCGCAUUUUGUAAAUGAACAAAGCAGCUGCUAACAGAGCAAUCAAUAACAGUAAAGGUUAUUUCUAUGCAAAAACUAGUUAUUAGUAUAACGUAGCAAGAAGUAUAACAAGAAUACUAAUUAACUGGAUGUAAAGUGACUCUUUUCUAAGCUAAAAUAAACAUGAGUUUCUCGUUGUUUUAACACAUUCUUUUUCUUUUUUGAAAACCAGCAGAGCUAUGCAGUGAACCACUUUCUCACCAAAUGACUUCCCCCUUCAUGUGAAUGUCUGAGUUAAAAGUAGAAACAAGUUGUGCUAAAAUUUCACCUUAAACUUUCUGCUUUACUUGCUGCUAUUGUAACUUUUACAUGAAUUUGAUUUCAAUGCUGAGUCUACAAAGACUGACUGUUAAACUUUUCUCUUAAAGACCUUCUAAACAUUCAGUUUAGUUCACUUCCGCUUUAUGACGGUGAGAAACGCCUGUCUCUGAUGCGCUUUGUGGUUGAACACAAUGUUCACAAAAAGGCAUUAAGAUGCAUUUUAGCCUGUUUAGAUCUUAGCAAAGUAAAAUAUGAAUGUGAGAGUUAAAAUGUCUAAUUUUAGCUCAGACAUUCAUCUGAGAACUGAAGAGGGAAGUGCUUUGAUGAGAAUGUGGGCAGCAGCAGAGAGCUGCUGGUUUUCACAGCAACAAGUUUAGUUUAUUGUUAAAUGCCAUGAAUCGAGGGAAAGUAUUUAUUGCGAUGUUGAAUCCUGCUGGCUGAAUGUGGCUGUGGCUUAAAAGUGCUUUGAGUUGUUGGUAGAACCUGAAAUGUGUGGAUAUGUGACUGAUGUUCGAUGGCUUAUAAAGAUGCAGUUAAAUAUGAGGCAACAAUUUGAGUAGUGUGUGUAAUAAUCCAGUUCAUCUGUUACAAAUGAUGAUUUUCAUAUUAAGUAUCAUCACAAUGAGAGUGAAAGUCUUAAAGACUCUUAACCCAACAUACUGACCAACCUGUUGCGCUCAGGUUUAAGAAAAAAAAGUGAUCUGGUUUCUGAAUGUAUUUUGUCUUUUGAGAUGCAAAACGGAAAAAGUUUCGCAUGGGAAACUUUUAAAAGCUCUGAAGGUUUUACCACAAUGAUGAUGCAAUAAAUGACCAAGUUACAUACUACUUAUUUCCUAACAUAAUGAGUAUGUGAGAAAGUAACACCUCUUUUAUCACGGAAGUACAGACGACCUUCAAUAGUUGCCAGUGUCGGUUUAGUUCAUUAGAACAAGAAAGACGGAAGCAUCAAGGAGCAAUGGCUGAACUAAAAUGGAUUAAAGUUCAUUUAUUUCUGUUCCUGGGGCUUCAGUUUACUGGUAAGAACAUAAAGAAAUAUUUAAAUGGCUCAGAAAAUAUAGCUGCUCAUAAUCAUAACAAGGAAACGUUUUAUUUAUAAUGCUACCACAAGUCAGUCAUUUUCUGUCAUUGAACAUCUGAAAUAUGUCUGCAAGCUUCCAGUUAAAUUGAAUGAUCUUGAAAUGUUCAAGUUUCUGUAUUUAUGUCUUUUUUACUGUCUGUUUUUGUCAACAGUGUGCACAAUAACUGGAUCAUCUGUUUUCAUAAGAUCUGGGGAUGAUAUGGUUUUGUCUUGCCAACAUGUGAUAAGUGGUCAGAUAAACUGUAAUGGUACCACAUGGUUCUAUAGUUACACCAGCGGCUCAGUAGAACUGGUUGAACUGGGACAGGUUAAAAAUGUUCAGAGUAAAUCUAACAGACUGAGUGUUGCAGCAAACUGUUCUCUGGUGAUGAGGAACAUCACAGUGAAGGAUGCUGGUUAUUAUGAAUGCCAACAAUAUAAAUCUGAAGCUGAACCCAGUAAACACAUUCUGGUUCAUCAUUCUGGAGUUUCUCUGUCUGUUGUUCACAUGAGUGAGCAGAAGGUUACAGAUGUGGUGACAUUAACCUGCUCUGUGGAGACACGCGGUCAGUGUGGAUACAGAGUGAAAUGGCUGACUGACUGUUCUACUGGGAAUAUCGCUUUGAUCAACUGUACAACACAACACUCUGGCUGCUCUGCUGCAGUUUGUUUUAUAGAGGAUUCCUACACACAGAGGUGUGAGUUCCAGUGUGAAGUCACAAACGGUGAAACCAAACAGAUCUUCAACUUCAACCAUCAGUUCACUGAAGAUAAAUCAGGUGGAACCACAUGCAUCCCAACAAGUAUAGUUGAAGAUACCACAAAACUAAUUACAGCCACAAUACAUCCAACCAUUUCAACGUUUAAUAAAGACAAAGGAGCUCCUUACAUUGCUGUUGCUGUGGUUUUAGUCACAAUCUUGAUAUUUGCUGGGAUUGUCAUCAGGUGGAGAACUAAACAAAACCAAAGACAGGUGCACGACUGUCCUAAUCUGAAUCUAAAUGCUCCAGUGCCUCCUACCCUCCUGGAAAACAGCCAUGGCAACCAGGUUGAUCCAGAAGAUAGUGUCUGCUACGCCACCAUCAGUAAAGCCCAAGUAAGGUUUAAUAUUGUUGGUGAAAGAGACAACGUGAUCUACAGCACUGUGUCGGCUGCUGGCCCGUCUGCUGCAGCACCAUCUGACCCCAACAACCUGUACGCCACCAUCACCGCCCCAGGAACAUAGUUUUAUAAUGAGACUUUAAUAAUACUUUUGUGUUAAAUUAGUAACAUGUAAGUUCCAGAUGUUGGUGGUUCUGAGUGACUCUUGUAUCUUGCUUUGUUUUAAAAUGCAUUGGAUAAUUUUGUCUGACAUUUGUUUUUAUCAGUUUCCUGUAUUUUAUCAGCUGCAUCAAUAAAAUAGUUUGUUGUCGUUA